UUCUUUUCCGCAUCGCGCAGCCGCCCAAGACUCCACUGCCAAGGCCGGGGCCAGGAGACACUUCCGGUCGGCCUGGCCCUGCCCGACGGCAACGGGCAGCUGCGCCGCAGCGUCGCCGCUCGGCACCGACCACGGCGCACUCUGGAGCUGUGGUCUGCCCGCAGUCCCCUCUUAGAGUUCACCAGGCGCGUGAGAUUCGGGCAGGUCCACGCCGCGACGGCGCUGGCGGCCUUGAGCCCGCAGACCUGCCCGAACGUGCCCGAGAGCAGGGAAGAGCACCUGUCGGAGGAGCACGACGAGGGCGAAUGCGAGCUCCUCGGUCUCGACUCGCCCAUUGAACGCAAGCAACUUCAGCGGAUGCUGCUCUAGACCAGCCAGACGAGCGGGUCGGCGACCCGCAGACGCGAGCGGGAUCGGGAGGACUUCCCCCAUGCCUCGACGUUGGCGGCGCUGGUCAGGUGCCUCCUCCCGAUCUUCAGGCCGCCUCGGCUUCUCGGAGCGGCACCCCUGUCUCGGUGUGACGAGCAGCGGCCUCCCGCAGGGCACACCUCGGCGGCGAGCCAGAAAGGAGGCGGUGCGGCGAGGCGUGCGGCCUUCUCUGAAGACAGGGGCCUGGCUGACGAGGGUCCUGGGACUUCUAGCCAGCAGGGCUUCUAAGAAGACCCCUGCUUGCUUGGAUCGUGGUGGAGGACAAAGGAUGAUUCGCCGUCCCAUCGGGCCGACGGUGUGUACGGAAACCGAAAGAGACCUUCAGAAACUUGCCCGAGAUGGCUCA